AUGUCACAGUAUAACAACAAUCCAAAUCAGGGGCUGAGCCCAUCUUCCAGCAGUAAUACAAAUCAUCGUCGACCACCUUUCCUUGGACUUGCCGGUCCUUCCAUAUCCUCACCCAUCACUACGCUUUCUUCUCUCAAUGCUGUCCCAGGCCCAUCUAAUCAUACUCCCAUAAAGAAGGAAAGACCCCCAAAUCAAGCGGGUCCUCGUAUCAUACGUACCUUCGAGGAGAUCAAGGUUCCGGUAAAGUCGGAAGAAUGGUAUGAGGAAUUGGAGUGUGCAAUUUGCUCGCAGGUCCUCGGAGCAACUCAAUCAAUCGUCCCUUGCGGACAUUCGUUCUGUGGACCAUGUAGCUGGAAAUGGAUCAAAAGCGGUGAUCAUCCCACUUGUCCCUCCUGUCGGAUCAGAGUCUCCGAGUCAACGCCAUUCAUACCGAAUAUCAUGGUAGAUCAAAUCAUAGAGAGAAAACUGGCCCAUAUAUGCGACAGUGCCGAGAAAAAUGCAAUGGAUAUAGAGAGGAAAGAGAAAGCCCAAGCUUGGAAAGUCAUACAGGCCAGUAUGCCAGCACCUAAACCCACUCAACCCAAACGUCCUAGAGGACUUGACGAUAUCGUUCACGAGUUUAUCGACCUCGCCGCUCCAAUGCCAAUCAUUCGAAGUGGUCAUGCCCGUCGUGCUUCCCGCCAGAUUAUCGAAUUGGGAGCCCCGAUAGACGCCAUGAGCGCAGAAGAAGCGAACGCUUUGUCUAGAGCGAGGACCGAGCGUAUACAAGAGAGGUUAGCUGAGAUGAGGAGACUUAGAGAAGAGAGAAUACGAUUAUUAACGGAUCAAGUGGCUACGGCCAGACCAGUAUCGGAAGAUACAGAGAUGGAAAUGGCUAAUCCUAUUCGGAAUCAUCAGCAAUCAGCACCAGCGAAUGACCGUUCGUUGCAGCGAGGAUCACCUUCGAGAUCUGAUCAUUUACGAUCACCUGCUUUGGCUCGACGUCAGGCUCGGGGGAGGGACAGAGGAACAAGAGAGGAUCCGCUUGUGGUGCUCUCAGAUGAAGAAUGA